CACUGCCAAUCCCAAACACCAAUUGAACACCGCCCGUUCCCUGAGCUCGCCCACACAGCUCUCCCGAGUUUUACAGAUCGGGGAUUCAACUCAAAAAUUGAAAUAUCUAAUUCUCGUCACAAUGCCGCUCGACACAUCAACGUACUCGCUCGCCCUGCUCCGCCUGGACGGCCGGCGCUGGAACGAGCUCCGCAGCAUCCAUGCGCAAAUUAGCACGCAAGCCGCCGCCGACGGCUCCUCCUACCUCGAGAUGGGCAACACCAAGAUUCUCUGCAGCGUGACCGGCCCCUACGAAGGACGCAGCAGCGGCAUGCGCGGCGGCGCCAACGGCAGCGCGAAAAUCGAAGUCGAGCUCACGAGCGCAGCAUUCAGCGGCGUGGACCGGCGGCGCAAUGCGCGCGGCGACAAGCGCACCAGCGAGAUGGAGCAUUGCCUGCGUGAGGCGUUUGGCGAGGUGGUGCUGGGCCAUUUGUUCCCGCAUUCGACGAUUGGGAUUAGUCUGCAUGUGGUCAGCCAGGAUGGGAGUUUGCUUGCGGCGUGCAUCAAUGCGGCGACGCUGGCGUUGAUCGAUGCCGGUGUUCCGAUGACGGAUUACUUGGUCGCAUGCUCGGCAGCGUCGAGUGCGUCGGCGAGUGCGGCGGAUAAUGCGAGUGCGGAUGAUCCGUUACUGGAUUUGAAUACGUUGGAGGAGCAGGAAUUGCCGUUUUUGACGGUAGCGUGUUUGGGGGAGAGUGAUAAGGUUGCAGUGUGUGUAAUGGAGACACGCGUGAGGAUGGAGAGGCUGGAGGGCAUGUUGGCGGUGGGGAUUGAGGGGUGCAAGAGGAUGAGAGGAUUACUGGACGGCGUUGUGAAGGGAUAUGGGAAGAGGUUCGGAUGAAAAUUACUAGACAGUGGAAAGAAGCACUCUACAGGCCGCCGACUGCUCUGCGACGACAGCAGAGGUACGCACAAGUCGUGCAGCGUCUGCUGACGAGGCGACCUCACAGACCUUUAGAUGGCCGCCUGCUCAACACAGGACGUGGUAAAGCGUAUCCUGGCGUCGUUAUACAAGGCACAAGCA